AUGGUCGACGCGACUUACACAAGCGUCAACACCCCCGAGUUUCCGUACCCUUACGCCGACUCGGUCAACGUCGUGGCCGUGACGCCGCUUGCUGCGUACGACUGGGUUCUUCGCACCGACAUGGACACUUUCUUGACGCCAGCGUUUGCUACAUGGAGGCCAUCCAUGUUUGUCGUGGGCAUGGGGGGGUACAACCUCGCGGGGCUGUCGACCGACGCUCGCCUUGAAGGCAUCAUCGCCAAGCUCCAGUUGACGCCGAAAACGGUCGAUAACGUCGGGUCCACGUGGUUUGGUCCGACUGCGCUCGUCCAGUCGUGCGCCCAGCUUUCGAUGGACGUGCAGCGAUACAUGUACAAGCACGAGUUUACAGACGACGAAAAGAGCCCGUCGUACGGCAUCAAGGGGUGGCCCCAUUGGCACAUUGGCGUGCUCUCAAUGUACGGCGGUCACAUUGCGAUUAAUCACUGCACGCGAGCAUUCGGCGUCGUCAAAGACGCCUACAACUUGGACUUUCCCACAACGUCGCACGAGUCCCCCACGCGGCACGCGCAUCUCCAUACGUGGCAAGAUAGCGCUCGGUUCUCCAAGUUUGCGUUUGCCGUUGGAGCGUACAAGCACGAAAACAAGUCGGCGCUCAACUUGGACGACAUAAGCGACUACGCUAUGUUUAUGGCGCUCGAUUCGCAGCCAGGGAUGCAUUAA